AUGAGUGGAACACAUGCUUUGAUAUUGGUGAUAUCAAAGGGCUUUUCAAAGGAUAUAAAACUUACAUACCUUCAAGUCGUAGGUCCAAUUAAGUUCUUAAGCUAUAGAUCCGGAACGGAUCCGGUUCGGGUUCAUACCAAAUUGCCACGAACAAAAGGCAGCGUGAGUAACCUAAGACCAGCCAAAACACAAACACCCAACACCAUUUCUGCUCCGAUCCCGUCAACAAGAGGAAGAGAUUACACCGUCGCCAUGAGUUCGGCAGCUCGGAGAACCGGAGGACUAUUCGAAGGACUAUACAAAGUCCUUAUGCGCCGUAAUUCUGUCUACGUCACUUUCGUUAUCGCCGGUGCUUUCGUCGGUGAACGGGCAGUUGACUAUGGAGUUCAUAAACUCUGGGAGAAUAACAAUGUUGGGAAACGGUAUGAGGAUAUUUCUGUUUUGGGACAGAGGCCAACUGAAUGAAGUGGGCAUCAAAUGUGAUUUUUAUUUUGUUCAUCCUAUUUUGGGAUAUUGAAAGGAUAAAUUGUAUGAAUCUUGAUAAUAAGUGCUGAUAUUUUUUGGGACAAACUGGUUGUGGUAUUCCCAGAAUUAGAUCUUUCAACUUUGAAGAGAAGGUAAUUCUCAUGAUUUGUUUGAAUUUUGGUCUGAUUAAUUUAUAAAAUUCAUGUUGCAAUA